AACAAGGCAAAGGUUAUGCCAAUAAAGAGAGGGUGGAUAGAGAGAGUUUAGAGAGAGAGAAAGAAAGGGUCAUGCGUCUUUUCUGAUAUAACAAUAACAUGAACCCUCUAGCUUUAAACCUACCCCAUUUCGUUUCAGUUUUGGUUUCGUAUUAAUAGUCCACGAAAUAUGUGAAGGAAAUUAAGGGGGACCUUUUGGCCGUCUGCUCUUGUUCAUUUCACCAACUGGUCGAGAAAAUAUGGCAGUUCAGGCACCGCAGUUGUAUUGUUCUGAAAACUUGGGCUUACCCACCACAACCAUGACCACCAUGUCUACUGGCCUUCAACAAGAUUGGUCGAUGCAGCUCAACCCUGUUUCUGGCCUUGACGACAUUUUUUCCAGCUUUCCGAGCCCUCAGCCUCUUCAUGAUCAUUUUUAUCUUCGUCAAGCCCCUCAAAGUCAGAAUACAAUAAACCUUGAUUGUUGUAACCAAUUAGGAGUUUCAGUUUCCCCUUCCACUUUUAAUUGCUUUCUACCAGCACCGUUUUCUGAAGCUUUGGGUGCUCAGCUUGACUUACAAAGGCACGAGCUUGACUGCAUCCUUCAAUUGCAGAAUGAGAAGCUAAGGUUUGCUUUGCAAGAGCAGAGGAAGCAACAACUGGCAGCCCUCUUGAGGAACUUAGAAUCUAGAACCUUGAGUUUGAUUAGGCAAAAAGAAGAGCACUUAGCACAAGCGACAAAGAGGGCCAUAGAGCUCCAAGAUUGCUUGAGGAAAGCAGAGUUGGAAAGCGAGACAUGGCAGAGGAUGGCCAAAGCAAACGAGACCAUGGUCAUAGACCUCAACAACACGCUUGAACAGGUCAGAGAGAGACUGGUUUUUGUCAGUAACGAAGCUGAAGACGCAGAGUCCUGCUGUGGCUCGUGUGACAGAGGAGGACACAGAGACAACGACAGGGUAGUAAUGCUGCAAGAAAAUCGAGUGGUUGAAGAAAAAGGGAAAAAGUUGGCUUGCAAAAACUGUAACACUAGGAGGUCGUGCGUUCUUUUUCUACCUUGCAGACACCUCUGUUCGUGUAAGUCCUGUGAACCCUUUCUUGGUUCUUGCCCGGUUUGUGAAUCUACCAAGGAGGCAAGCAUGGAGGUCUUUUUGGUCUAACAAGAAAAGCACCAAAAAAAAGGAGCCAAAACCGAAAAAAAGAAGGCAUCAAUCUUUUGCUUGUUUAUUUUGAGGAAAAGUACACAUGUUGAUACCUUACCUGUACUGUCAUGAAUCAUGAUUAUGUGCUUAGCUUUUUCCAUCUUGGGGUCUAUGUGAUCCGAAUUCUUUUGUACUACGAGGUCCAUCCGUAUCUGAAUCAAAAUGGUGAUGAUGAUGAUGUUGUAAAACGGUAAAAGAAUCUUGCCUUUAAUUUCCU